AUGCUUGAAGCUUUAGCCUUCGGGCUUCUUCUUAUCCUGCUGCCAGCUCUUGUGGUAGCAUCACCGCAGCCAUCAGGAACUCCUACCAGUACGACAGAUGCUCCAACUUCCAUAUCAACUCUGUGCGGGAGUAUUAUAAAUAAGCGUCAGUUUGUUUGCAUCCCUAGGUCCUUGAUAUCUUCAACUAAUAUAAAUCCCAUUCAAGAAUACAACAUCGUCGACGCGGUCCAGGCGUACGAUUGCUUACGAAGCGUGCCUUUUCACCCAGAAGUUGCGAGUCAGCUCAUACGUUACAUGAAUGAUACGAUCCAGUUUCAUAGCACCCUUGCGUAUCUAGCAAGUCCUCCUCCGGACUACAUGCAGCCUGCAGUAGAUCUGGUAGCUGGAUUGGCACAGAUCACGCGCGACAUCGACGGGGGCAAUUUCAACAGCCAAUACGAUUUCGAGACGGCCCUAUCUAGGCUGAUAAACGCUGCUCAUGACGACCAUCUGAAGAUAAAUGGAGGAAUACUCUCAACAUUUGUCUAUGGGGCUCCUUAUGAUAUCGUCUCUUUGUCUUCAGAUGGAAUCGAGUUGCCGAAAUUAUAUCUAGCCAAUGAGUUACCUGCCAGUGGAUGGGAGCAUCUCAAUCAUAGACCUUCGCCUAUUAAGACUAUAAACGGCGAAGAAGCAGUCGAGUACCUCACCAGAUUCGCCUCUUUCAAUUCCCUCAGCAAGCUUGAGCCACACGCAGAUUGGAAUAUGCUGAUGCGAAGCGGUGUACUGGAUAGCCAGGGGUUAUUGGAGGUGUUCUUUGGAGGUGCGACCUCAUACCCAGGUGAAACUAUUACCAUCACUCUUGAGGAUGGUACUGUAAUAGGACCAGAUCCUUGGUUAGCUCUAUAUCUAGGGCCCCCAAACACAGGGCCUUUACAGACAAGUGGAGAUUUCUACAACUUUUUUGUCUUAGGCCUCUAUCCAGCAUCAUUCCAAGACACCUCUGACGACUUUCCACCAAUGACGGCGGCCUCGUCGGAAUCAAUGGUAUCCCCAACUCCAGAACCAUCUACAAAGCCCACGUGGGACGCAGCAUAUCCGACUCCCGAAGCUAUAUCACCUAGUCUCUCGAACGAGGAAGGAUUGCCACGGGCUUUCUUUCUGAACGAAUGCUCGAUCGCCGUUCUAAGUAUCCCUGGCUUUUCGUCAUACGGUGAUACGAUCCAGGAAUUUAUUGACACAAUUAAGGCUUUCCUUCAGCACAGUAAAGAUGCUGGUCUGAAGAAGGUUGUUCUUGAUGUGCAGCAAAAUAAGGGAGGACAACCAUUUUUGGCAAUUGAAGUUUUCAAACUUUUUUUUCCUUCUAUUGAUCCAUUUACAGGAAGUCGCAGGCGCGCACACCCAAUGGCAGAUGACCUAGGGAAUACGUUGACUUCUUACUGGAGUGGGCUCAAUCGAAACCUGCGCGGCUACGACCAUUACUACACCAAUGAAUGGGUCAUAUCCACAAAGCUGAAUGCGGAUACGGGACUAGACUUUGCAAGAUGGGAUGAAUACUUCCACUCUCCUCACACUUAUGCGGGCGACAAUUAUACCAAAGUGGAGCGGUACAAUAUUUCAGACAUCACGUUCACAGAAGAAGCAGCCAACAUCCGUAUCGACAAUGUUGAUGGAUCCCGGGGCCAGCCGUAUAAUUCUGAGGACAUUAUAGUUCUCAGUGAUGGCCUUUGCUCUUCGGCAUGUGCAUUAUUCAUGGAGUUAAUGCACUAUGAAGCUGGAGUGCGAACCGUUGUGGUGGGUGGUAGGCCUGAUUAUACAUUGAUGCAAGCUCCUAGUGGAACUCGCGGCUCCGCGUUCUACGACCUUCGGAGACUGGAUAACGAUCUUAUCGCCGCACGUUCAAUCGAGAACACUACAGGUGCUCUUCCUCUUGGCCGUACACUUGGGUUCUUUAUCUCACGAGCAAGCGUCAACCUUCGAGAUCAGAUCCGCCGCAACGAUUCUUCAAAUACCCCCUUGCAAUUCCGCUUCGAAGCUGCCGAUUGUAGGAUCUUUUUCACGCCUAAUACCUGGUACAAUCUUACGAAUCUUUGGAGCUAUGCUGCUGAAGCAGCGUGGCACAAUGACACUCUCUGCGUUGUUAAAAGAAUGACCAACUCCACAUCUUCAAGCCAUUACCCGACGAUAUACGAGGUUAAAGCCGCUAAGAACAACCAACUGUUGUAUCAAGCAAAAGAAGAGGAAGGCACAUCCGAGCAGAAUCAUCUCGAUGAUCCCCUCAAUGAUAUUCUUGAUGGCUACGAACGUCCAUUAGAAGGACUGGAAGGAAACCCCUGCGAGAAGCCUUGUGAAUGCGGCAGUGGUAGUAUGCUGUGCGAAGACGUACCGGUUUAUCAUGGGUCCCGAAGCAAACAUCAAAAGCAAUGCGUUAGCUACUGUAGCGAGAUAACUGGGUACGAAGGAACUUCGUGCCCAAUUGACUAUCAUUGUCGGUACACUGGAGUGAAACUUCAGAAGUGGCGAUCAUCGAGGUCAACUCCUGGGCUGAUAAAAUCUGGGUAUUGUGUUCCCGACCCACCAAGCUUCCUCCCCCAGGCCAAGAGCUUGGUAUCACUUUCCGAUGGGGAUGAUACGAUUACAGACCCCUGUUUACAGAACUUGGAUAAUGCUUGGCUUCGUUGCUUUAGCUAUAGCGGUUGCUUUCAGAAAUGUGUGGUGCUUGAUUCUAACGCUCAAAGUCUGCCUUUUAAAGAGAUUCGGUGGUGUACAAACUCGCAGCUCAAAUCAUGGCAGCAUCAAAAGACUGUCGAAAGUGGUCGUGACUGGGACACCUACUAUGGAGCCAACUCCAAACUUCUCGGAAUUGUUCGCUACAAAUAUAGCGAGUCCCAGUUCGCCAAAGAGCAUCCCUAUUUGUACUAUAGUUGA